AUGGAGGUACUAUUGACAAAAUACAGAGUUCACCACCGUAUAGCUACAGCUUACCAUCCCCAAACGAAAGGCCAAGCAAAAGUCUCAAACAGGGAAAUCAAGAUUAUUUUGGAGAAAACAGUUCAACCCAACCAAAAGGAUUGGAGUAUUUGUCUUAAUGACGUACUUUGGGCCUAUCGGACGGCGUAUAAGGGACCAAUUGGCAUGGCUCCGUAUCGACUUGUUUUUGGCAAAGCUUGCCAUUUUCUGGUAGAGUUAAAACAUAAAGCUUAUUGGGCUAUUCGACAAUGUAACAUGGAGUUAGAACUCGCAGGGAAGGAAAGGAAAUUAGACGUCAAAGAAUUGGAGGAAAUUCGUAAUGGCGCCUACGAGAAUGCUCGCAUUUAUAAAGACAAGACAAAGUUGUUCCAUGAUAAGAAAAUACCUCAGAAGUAUUUUUCGGUAGGAUAA